GCCCACGAUUUACGGCCUAUGAUAACCAGACCUAAUAUCCACUCUUGUAGCCCACACAUGCCCAGCAAGAAAAAGCCCAAACUCAUUCCUUUGCUUUUGUUUGUGCUCAUUCUAUACCAUUAUCUUCUCUGUUUUCUCUUUUUACACACCUGACUUGCGCCCUUCUAGUUCUUCACCUGGAGGAAAAAUCCGUCGGCUUUAUUCCUUUUAUUUUUCUUUUCUGGUAUCUUAAGAAUAUGAAGAUCAUUAGUCAUAAUCGCAUCAUUAAUCCCAGUUUUUUGCUCAUAAAUCACGACUUGCCCUCCAACACUUUCCAUCGACCCCGGUUAAUAUCUGCUUCAGCUCCAAGUAUUUCGAGUUUCAAUGAGAAGAAAAAGGACCUGAUAAUGAGAUUACCCUGUUGCUUUGCUAUGAGAGCUGCUCUUUCAUCAAGCUCUUUGGAUUCAUCUUCAGUUAUGACGGACACUUACAGUGGCAGUAGGAAAGAAAAGAGAUCAUCUUUCUACACUCAUCCUAGUUUAUUAGAGAUGAGGAAUGAGAAGGCAGCCAUCCGUGAACGUGUUUAUGAAUUCUUGAGGGGCAUCGGCAUUGUACCUGACGAGCUCGAUGGAUUAGAGCUUCCUGUAACUGUGGAGGUCAUGAGAGAACGGGUGAACUUUCUUCACAAAUUGGGACUCACAAUUGAAGAUAUUAACAACUAUCCUCUUAUUCUAGGAUGCAGUGUGAAGAAAAACAUGAUCCCUGUGCUUGAUUAUCUGGGCAACUUGGGUGUUAGAAAAUCCACUUUGACAGACUUUUUGCGGCGUUACCCACAAGUUCUCCAUGCAAGUGUGGUGGUAGACCUUGCUCCGGUUGUGAAAUAUCUUCAAGGCAUGGAUAUUAAACCAAAUGAUAUCCCUCGAGUAGUGGAGAAGUAUCCUGAAGUACUGGGAUUCAAGCUUGAGGGCACAAUGAGUACUUCAGUUGCUUAUUUGGUAGGAAUUGGGGUGGCAAGAAGAGAAAUUGGUGGGGUUCUGACUAGAUAUCCUGAGAUAUUAGGGAUGCGGGUAGGUCGGGUAAUUAAACCAUUCGUAGAAUAUCUGGAAAUCUUGGGAAUUCCGCGGCUAGCUGUGGCCAGAUUGAUCGAAAAGCAUCCGCACAUUCUUGGAUUUGGACUGAAAGAAAGGGUGAAACCAAAUAUAACAUCUCUUUUACAGUUUAACGUGCGGGAAACUGCACUUCCUUCAGUAAUUGCACAAUACCCAGAGAUGUUAGGAAUGGACCUGGAGGCAAGACUUCCAAGUCAACAAGGAUUUCUCAAUUCAGUAAUCGAAUCAAGUCCUGAAGAUUUUGGCAGAGUUGUGGAAAAGAUGCCGCAGAUCAUCAGCCUCAGUAAAGCACCUGUAGUGAAGCAUGUUGAUUUCCUCAAGGGAUGUGGAUUUUCCUCUGAACAAGUGCGAGAAAUGGUUGUGGGAUGUCCUCAGGUGCUUGCUCUAAAUCUAGACAUUAUGAAGCAGAGUUUUGAGUAUUUCAAAACCACAAUGGCAAGACCGUUAGAAGAUUUGGUGGCUUUCCCAGCUUUCUUCACUUAUGGUCUGGAGUCCACAAUAAAACCAAGACAUAAAAGGAUUGCAGAAAAGGGCUUAAAGUGUUCCCUUGCAUGGCUUCUUAAUUGUACCGAUGAGAAAUUUAAUCAGCGGAUGAGUUAUGACUUUAUUGACAUGGAAGAAAUGGAAGCAGGUGAAUCGUCCUUUGACAUGAAUACUCUACUGGAGCCCAGAAAUGAUGAAUCGGCCUCUGAUUACGACGAAGAUUACAGUGAAGACGAUAAUCUAUAGACUAUUGCAGUAGAUUGUCUCCUCACGGCUCACCCCAAGAGUAUGUAAAUGCUUUAUCAGAUUGAAUAUAGGAAGGAGAGCUUUACUACAA